AAAAUACGGUAUAUGAAAUAAUAUCGGAUAUGUCCAGUCGACAGGAUGCCAUUGAAGAACGUUUGACCAAUCUUGAGGAUAAAUUACAAGCCUUACAAGAUCACAUGGAAAGUUUACCGGAGAUAAUAACAAGAUGUUUGAGCCAACAUCAGGAACGUGUGGAGCAGCGUAAAAAUUUCUUACAUCCAGAUACGGCUGCUGCGCAAUCACUGCAGCCGCCACAUACACCGACGCCGAUGUUCAAUGCGCCCUCAAUGCAGUUUCCACAUUCAAGAAGUGUUCCCUCAUCCAAUAAUGUUGCUGCUACUACAUACCAUUGGCCAACAAGUCCUAUUUUGCCACCUAUUUCAAGUAGAACACCACAUUUAGUGCCUGACACUCAUAUGUCAUCUAAUGGAUCUGCAGUUAAUAAUUACACAUCUUCCAAUAAGUAUGGCAGCUGAAUAGAAGACAACCGCUCCACAACUAGUUGUAGCAAUGCCAACGCUCACAC